AUGGCCAGCAACUGCGACGGCAGGAGGCUCUCCGAGCUGCUCCAGGAGCAGCAGGAGCCCUUCCUACUCCUCCACGGCGAGGCACUGCUGUGCUGUUCGGUGGCCGAGGCCUGCGGGCGGCGGCUGCGUGGGCUGUGCGACCGCGGCUCGGUCAGGCAGCGCCAAGGCGGAAGCCAUGGCGGUGCUACGUCUACGUUGGGCAAGGCCGUGAGGAGGAAGCUGCCGCUGCGGUGGCAUCUCGCCGGCUGCUUCUCCUGCGGCGUCCGCCAGAGAUUCCGCCGCCUGCCGCGCGAUGUCUUUACGGAAUUCGACGAUGACGGCGGCCGCGAGGAGGACCAGGACGGCGGGAGGCAGCUCAGCCCGGUGUCCGUCUUGCAGCUGCACUCCGACGAGGAAUCGCCAACGCUUAGCAACUGGGAGGAGGACGAGAAGCCGUCGACCUCAGGGAGCUCGCCGCCAUCCGACCACGACUCCCCAUGCUUCACCUUCCACAGCAACCGCGGCAAGAUUUGCGCAGCUGAGGUAGAAGAAAAGGAGCAGAGAAUCGUCUCCGCCUGGGAGAGGAUCGCAGCGGACAUCUCCCGGAUUCCGAGGCUGGUGGAGCUCGACUUGGCCGGGUCAGUGCGGGAGUGGAGGCGGCACGCCGGAGAAGAGGAGGCCAGGCGGGUAGGGGAGAGCGUCGAGGCCAUGAUCUUCGAGGAGGUCAGAUGGGAGGCCAUGCGUGACAUGCUCUGCUUUGCGUGAAUUUUCAGUCGAAGCAUGAUUUCCCGCUGUAAAUUGGGAUUGGGCACAACGUCUUGUUGUUGAUGAUUUCUCACAAGGAAAAUGAAAAUCAUAUCGUGGUCUACUUGAUGAUGGAGAGUUAAAUUCGAUGAUUUUCCACUCAAUUCAACAUAGUUUCGAAAUGUACCAGCAAUGCCCUGGGCCCAAUUCAUCAGUGAAAGUUUUUUUCUUUUUGCGAGUACAAGGAUGACGCAUUCAUCAAUGAAAUAUUAGUGACAAAUCCUGAA